CAAAGAGUAACAACAAAAUCAGUUCAAACCAAAAUUCUCAUCCACAUUUUCUUAAGAUCUUAGGAAAUUUGUUCACUUUGCAAUGGCUGAAGUUCAAUUGUUGGGUGUAAGAGGAAGCCCAUUUGUUCAAAGAGUGCAAUAUGCUCUAAAACUAAAGGGCAUUGAGUACACUUUCAUUGAAGAAAAUCUAAGAAACAAAAGUGACCUUCUUCUUAAGUACAACCCUAUUCAUAAGAAAGUGCCUGUAUUUGUCCACAAUGGAAAACCAUUAUCUGAGUCACUUGUGAUCAUUGAAUACAUUGAUGAAACUUGGGAGAAUUAUCACAUUUUUCCGCAACAAGCUCAUGAGAAAGCCUUAGCUAGGUUUUGGUCUAAGUUCAUUGAUGACAAGAUCUUGCCGGCGAUAUCGAAGGCAGCAUGGACAGUGAACAAAGAGGAAAGAGAGAAAGGCACUGAAGAAGCAUUGCAGGGUCUACAAUUUCUUGAGAAUGAACUCAAGAGCAAAUUCUUUGGUGGAGAAAAUAUUAAUAUUGUGGACAUUGCUGCUUCCUAUUUAUCUUUUUGGCUUCCUACCCUUGAAGAAGCUGUUGGAUUGAAGUUGCUUGGUGCUGACAAGUUUCCUAAGCUCCAUAAAUGGAGUCAAGAGUUCAUCAAUCAACCUAUUGUGAAAGAGAUUCUUCCUGCUAGAGAGGGACUAUUAGGGUUUUUCAAAUCUCGAUAUGCCGCGAUUAGUGCUGCUGCGAAUUAGAUCGAUUUUAGGAGCGAUUGCGACGUGUAAUGAAUAAAAAUAGAUGCAGUGGCAUGAUGAGGUUUUAGACUAAUCUUAGGAAUUAGAAAUGUUGAAGCUAAAUCAUUUUAGUUUAGAUGUUAUCAUGUGAGCAGUGUUUUGAGAUUAUUAUGAUUUAUGAGGACAAAUUUGAUUUUAUAAUUAGUUUAAGUAUCCUAUUUUCUAUGGUUGAUAGCUUAGUUAUGAGUGAAUCAAAUAUAAAAUCUUUGUGUGCAA